UGUAAAGUGGUUUCAAUCGCUUAUUCCGCCAUUUAUUCAUUUCCAUCUCUUACCACGUUUAUUGCAUAUUGAAAUUCCCAGAAAAGUUGCAACAUUCACACAUAAAUAUUAAACGCUUAUUACUAUUUUUAGAAGAACUUCAUAGAAUAGGCACCCCAUUCAGCAAUAAUGUCGCAUGGAAACAUUUCAAGAGGCCGCACUUCAGAUGCUUAAGGAAUUUCGCGCACUUUUGCAACAUUCUCCCAUGCCCCUCAACUGUAAUCGUUUUUUACAACUUCUCGCACUGAAUAUGUUCGCGAUUGACAGUACGCAGUUAAAGGAUCCCCAACUGAAGUUUUCCAGUGGAUAUCGCUCAGAACUACAGGAACGUGCACUGAUAAUAUCAUUACAAAUGUUCAACCUGAUCCUGGAACGUAGCAUAUCUUUACUUAACGAACACAGCAAGCUGUUCCCCGACUCCUUAGAGAAACUAACAAUGAAUUCGGUCUCCCAAGAUUUCCACAUGCUACUACCGGCAUUGAAGAUAUGGUGCGAUUGGAUGCUGUGUCAUAGUAUCGUGUGGAAUCCACCACCGUCAACCCAAGACUAUAAAAUCGGACCGGCGGGCGACGUAUGGACUCGAUUAGCCUCAAUUAUGAAUAUCUUAGAAAAAUUCGACAAAUCGAUUGCGACAUCUUUCGUUUCGGAACCACGCGAAGGCUAUGAGCUUAUCAGACUGCCUGAAGACGCCGUUUUAUGCGGUUUCACCCCCUUAAUGUAUAACGAUCACUCCCCCACGUACGCACCUCAAGAUAUCGAACCCGAAAUUGCACAAUUUGCGCUUCGCUUAUCAAAAGUACACUUUUUCGGUACCGUUUUUCUCUACGGUUUAGAAGAGCCGGUAAUUAAGUUAGAAAUAUACAACGGCGUCAGGGAGUACAUUUCGGUGGUUAGCACAUCCGCAAACAAGGAUUCGCCACCCUCACCGGUCGAGCUCAUUGACGAUGAUGACUUGUUAGUCGAAAGUUUCAGCGAAGACGAGGGGGUUGAAGACGAUAUCAGUUCCUCCCACGAAAACACAUCCGCCGAAAUCCAGUACCUCUUGAAUCGGAAGGUUGAACUUGAAAAACGUCAACGCACCCAGGAAUUGCAUCGGCAACGAGUACAGAAAAUUUUGCAACAGUCGGUUGUUAGCGUACACAUAGAAAUACGGCCAAAAAUUCUAGUUCCUGAUACGAAUUGCUUCAUCGAUUACAUUGCGAAGAUCAAAACAAUUGUCGACGCUCACGUCUACACGUUAAUGGUUCCUCUAGUUGUUUUAAAUGAGCUAGAAGGGCUCGCGCGAGGUGGUAAGGGUCCGGCGCCGUCGACCCGACCGACGACCGACUCCCAACACGUACUAAAAGUCGCCGAAUCGGCGAAACGUGCCCUAGAUUAUCUCGGCAAUCGUCAUAACAAUAUAAAAUGCGUAACAACGAAAGGUACAACUUUGGCGACGUUUACAUUCACCGUCGAGGAAGAUUCGCCAUCCGAUUCCUCAUUGCGAAAUGACGAUAAGAUCCUAGCAACGUGUUUGAUGUUGUGUAAAAACAACAAAGAUCAAAUAAUGGAAGGUACGGAUGCGGAUGGAUCUAUACACUCGGCUGAUCGCAAAGAUUUUGUAGGGGAACCGAGGAAACUAUUUCGAGAGGUGGUUCUACUGACUGAAGACCGAAAUCUUCGAGUAAAAGCAUUGGCAAGAGACCUGCCCGUGCGGGAACUUCCCGACUUUUUACAAUGGGCGGGACUGGGAUGAACCACUUAUUCUAAAUGAUCUUCUGCGAAGAUGGAUGUUAACUUUCCUUAGAGUCCUUGAAUUAAGAUCGUAAAAAUUGAAACGUCCCGUUCCUGUGAGUUCGUUUGUAACUUUAAAUUUAUAGAGUUUUGGCUGUUCAA